UUCGCUCAAAAUAGAUUGUGCCAAUUUUCGUUUAGGUCCAAACUCCCAAAGUCCAAACCCAAAUUUUGGUGGACAGUGUAUAAAUCAAUCCAGCUGCAAAACCCUGUUGGCUCAAACCAUUUUGAAAAAAAAAAAAGAAGAAGAAGAGUAAAAAACUCGUCUCCAUGGCAUCAAGAACCUUGUUCACAAUCUUAAACAACAAGAAGACCAAAACUUUAACAGCAGAUUGGCUAGUAAUGACAAGGCCAUACUGUGUUGCACCAAACCCAGCAGGCAUAAACUCUCUUUAUUCAAGAAUCAAUGCUAUUGGAGACCCAAACUGCAGUGUAACUCCAGUUCUUCAACAAUGGGUUAAAGACAAAAAUGUCAAGGAAUUUCAGCUGCAGCGUCUCAUCCGUGAUUUACGUUCUCGUAGGCGUUACACUCAUGCCUUGGAGGUUUCCAAAUGGAUGAGUAGUAGCGACCUUGAAUUUUCUUCAAGCGAUUAUGCUGUGCAGUUGAAUCUAAUUGGUAGAGUUAAUGGGCUAACUGCUGCAAAGAACUUCUUUAGUAGCUUGAGAGACCAAGAUAAAACUGUGAAGACCUAUGGGGCUCUUUUAAAUUGCUAUGUUCAGGUAGGCCUUAUCGAUGAGUCUCUUUCCCUUAUGAAGAAGAUGAAGGAGAUGGGUUUUCUUUCCUCUCCGCUCAACUACAAUAACCUUAUGUGCCUCUACACACACAGGGGACAAUUUGAAAAAGUCCCUGAUGUAUUGUUAGAGAUGAAGACGAAUGGUGUCUCCCCUGACAAGUUCAGCUAUAAAAUCUGCAUCAAUUCUUACGGGGCUAGAGCUGAUUAUGACAGCAUGGAGAAGGUUCUACAAGAAAUGGACAGCCAACGGGACAUUCAAAUGGAUUGGGGUACUUAUUCCUUAGCGGCAAACUACUACAUAAAAGCAGGUCUUAAAGAAAAGGCACUUCAUUAUCUUAAGGAAUGCGAGAAGAAGGUAGGUAAUGAUGCAGAAGGCUAUGACCAUUUGAUUUCAUUUUAUGCUCGUUUGGGAAACAAAGAUGAACUGAAAAGGCUGUGGGACCUUCAAAAGUCCAAAUGUAGGAAGCAAACCAACAAACACUACAUAGUAAUGUUGGGUUCAUUGGUGAAGCUCGGUGAGCUUGAAGAAACUGAAAAGUUAAUUGAUGAGUGGGAGUUGUCUUGUAAGACAUAUGAUUUCCGAGUGCCUAACGUGCUUCUUAUUGGAUAUUGUCAGAAAGGUUUAGUUGAAAAGGCAAAAGCGAAGUUACAGGAUAUAAUCAAAAGAAGGAAGAUUGCAAUCCCGAACAGUUGGUCUAUUGUCGCAACUGGAUACAUGAAUAAGAACAAAAUGGAGAAGGCUUUUGAGUGUUUUAAGGAAGCUCUUGCUAUACAGACACAAAAUAGAGGGUGGAAGCCAAAAGCAGGUUUAAUAUCAAGCAUAUUGAGUUGGCUAGGUGAGAAUGGAGAAGUUGAAGAUGCAGAAGCUUUUGUGAAAUUAUUGAGAACCAAGGUUCCGGUAAAUAGAGAAAUGUACCAUGCCCUUUUAAAGGCAUAUAUCAGAAAUGGAAAAGAAGUAGAGGGGCUUUUGGUGAGCAUGAAGGAUGAUAAAAUAGAUGAAAACGAGGACACGAUGAAGAUCCUUAGCCUUCAAGACCAAAACUCUCAAGUCACUGGGUAGAGGUUACAGAAUCUUUAAGAUGAUAAUCUUACAUUACAUGUUGCCCUUCCCCAAUGUGUAGCAUGUUUAUUUUGUUAUGUCCUUGGGGAACAUGCUUUGAAAUUAUGUGAUGAUUUAUGUCAUCAUCGCUAUGUUGUUAGAAGCAGGAAAGUAGUUUGGCUUAUUUAUCAUGUAUACAGGGUAGGGGUGGGAAACUGCAUUUCACAUGUAUUAUAUGAUGGGAGAUGGGCUAUUCAAUGUUAUGAAACUCCAUCUAAAUCGAAGUCACAAUCCAAACCCCAGUUGGAUUGGGAAAAUAUAAA